ACAUCACAGAUCCCCUCUCGAUCAGAAAACGCCACAGAUCCCACAUGAUCAUCAAAUACAUGAUCACAAAACGCCAGAGAUCCCUCUCGACCAGGAAACGCCACAGAUCCCACAUGAUCAAGAAACGCACGAUCAAGAAAUGCACGAUCACGGAACACCACAGAUCCCUCUCGACCAGGAAACACCGCAGAUCCCUCUCGACCAGGAAACGCCGCAGAUCCCACAUGAUCAUCAAAUACAUGAUCACAAAACGCCAGAGAUCCCACAUGAUCAUGAAACACUCGAUCAAGAAAUGCACGAUGAGAAAACGCCACAGAUCCCAUAUGAUCAUCAAACGCACGAUCACAAAACGCCAGAGAUCCCGCUCGAUCAGGAAACACCACAGAUCCCUCUCGAUCACGAAACGCCACAGCUCCCACACGAUCACAGAACGCCACAACUCUCACUCGAUCACGGAACGUCGCAUAUCCCACACGAUCACGACGAGGAAAUGGAAUCCACGGAUCAACUCGAAGAACCCACAAAUCACGAAGCUGAACCCGCCAGUGAAAAAGAACCAGCGAGUCCGGAAAUCAAACUGCCCAAUCAGAAUGUUUUUAGUGAGAGCGAAGAAAUUAAAUCCACCAACGAGAAGAAUUUAGAAGAAGAAUUUAAAAAUCAUGAAUCAGAAUCGACAAAUCGGGAAGAAGAGCUUUUAAAAGAUUCCGAGAUGGACGACAACUCCUGCUCAUCGAUGUUGGACACCGACCAGUCACGGAGCUCGUUUGGGAAUGUGGCCGUGGAAAGCGCCAAAGACGACCAGUCGGAAGCGCCGGAGGAGCUGGAGGAAGUUUCGGAAAUGGUCAACGAAAAAGAGGAAGAACUCGCGGCGUCUGAAACCGCGCUGAGAACAGACGAGAAGACCGACCGAUCCGAAGACGGGGAACUGGACGAGGAGUUUGAAAUUAUCCAGAAUGAAGAGGUCCUUAAAAUUCAAGAAGAAAUGUCGCAGCAAGAAAAAUUAUUAGCUUGGUCCAGAAGUUCAAAAAUGGAAGAAAUAUCCCAAAAUGUGGCUUUGGAAGAAGUGAAAGAGAGUGAGACUUCCCAAACGAAAGACCAGGUGGCGGAAAAUCUGGAAAUAUUUGAACAACAGAAAACGGAAGAGAUGGAAGAAACGUGUCCUAAAAUUACGGUCGAGGAGGAGCCUAAAGAAGCAGCAGAAACUGUCGAUGACGUACGAGAAGCUGGUGCGACUGAAGAAAGCGCCGAAUUGAAAACGCAAGACAAGGUGGAGGAGGAAGAGGAGGAGAUUAUUACGGAUUGGGAGGAGCCUAAGGAGAAAAGUCCAAGACAUGACCAACCAGAAGUCACAGCUUUGGAACCUGAAGAGAGAAGCCCGAAGAAUGACCAAGCAGACGUCACGGUUUCGGUUUCGGCGGAGCAACAAAACGAGGCGGAGCUCACUCAACUGCAAGACAAAACGGCGGCGACUGAGGAGGAGGAGGAGGAGGAAGAGACGAUGGAAACGGUCGACCGAUCAGAAGCAGUCUCGUUAAAAGAGGCUGAGGCAGGUCUUGUCGAAAUGCAGGAAGAAACGACGAGGAAAGACGACGAGGAGCCGGAGGAGCGUCGAGAGAAACCUGCCGCGGCAACAACGGUCGAACAGUCGGAGAUGGAGGAGAGCGCGGAGGGGGCGGAGCUCGAUGAGGACAAAAUGGCGGACAAACCACAGACGCCUGGAGAGACAGAUCCUGCUGCAGUCUUUGAGAUCGGGGAUUUAAAAUCUCACCAGAUUCUCCUCGUGUCUAUGCUGUCUGUGGAGCGUCCGGAGUUUUCCAUGAACGACGAGGAGGUCGGGUCCGUGGACAUGUUUGAAGACUCUCAGGACAAAGAGGAGGGAGACUCGGACCUGGAGGACGCCGUGAGCCCGGUGCUGGACCUGGACCCGAGUCUGGACAUGGAGGUGAUGGCUCUGAUCUCGUCCGCGUCGCCGCCUCCGUCUCUGCUGGCGCUGUCGUCGCCGAGCCCCACGCUGCUGAUGCCCCGGCGGGGGAAAGGCCGCUCGGCGCUGCGCUCGCUCCAGUCCGGCUGCAGGGCGGAAGACGACCUCACGGCGCGGCUCAGGCAGUCGCCGUUCUCCACCGAAGCGUCGCCCGAAAACUCGCCGACGCGCCUCGCCCUGACCCCGCCCCCUCUGUCGCCCCUGACAACAUCGCCCAGCAACAGAGAGAGUCCGCCGCUGUCCAGGACCAUGUAA